CUCGGCGCAUUCAGGUGCAAUAUCUUCGGCACCCACUCAUCAUCCUGUCAAUCGUUACAGCCCAAAAAUGCCCCCGGUCCGGACCUCCCGCAAUCGCAAGCCUCCUCCGGCAGGCUUUGAUGACAUAGAGGAUACAUUACUGGAGUUCAGCAAUAAAAUGAAAGAUGCCGAGAACGCAUCGCAUGAUGGCAAGAAGAAGCAUGAGAUGCUAUGGCCAAUUUUUCAGAUAAGCCAUCAGCGCUCUAGAUACGUAUAUGACUUAUACUACGAAAAGGAAGCUAUAUCAAGACAGCUUUACGAGUGGCUUCUCAAGAAUAACUAUGCGGAUGCAAACCUGAUUGCUAAAUGGAAAAAGCAGGGAUAUGAAACGCUGUGUUGCCUCCGUUGCAUACAGACGAAGGAAACAAAUUUCAACGCAACCUGCAUUUGUCGGGUCCCAAAAGCGCAGCUUAAGGAGGAUCAGAUGAUCCAAUGUGUCAGUUGUGGAUGUCGAGGCUGUGCCAGCAGCGACUAGACCGGUCGUGGAAACGACGAAUAUUCAACGUCGUUAGCGAAUCAAUUUCUUUUUUG